CUUUUGUUGUGGCCUCAGACAGAUCAUCUCGUACCGUCCCACGCGAACAGGAAUGGGUCUGGGAAUCUAGGUGUGCAGAGCGACUCCUGAUUGCGAAGCCUGACAAAUCAUUACUUAAAUGUCAUUUGUGCUCCAUGCAUGCUGGUACAUUGGCUAAUGGCGGUUCCCAAGCCACAGGUCCUGAGGUGCCCAAAGAUGGCCUGCAUGACAUGGACAUUGGGACUUGCACCUCGAUAUGUUGACUUCAGAAACAUGGCCUGAGCCCAGAAUUAUAUUGGUUUGGCAGUGUUUCUUGGGUUACGGUAUAUGUCAUCAGAGCGCCCUGAAGCAUGGGCUAAAGUCGUUGAAUGUGGAAAGGCAAUCACCGCGUGUGGAAAGAGUGUUCAGUGGAAACCUGCUUUGCAGCUUCUAUGCGAAGCUGGCGCUGCUGCGUUACAGCGGAAUAUAGUUCUUUUUUCUGCUGCCAUAUCCGCGUGCAGUCAGCAUGCACACUGGCAGGAUGGGUUGGUGUUGCUGUUAGACCUUCACACCAAGAAGCUUAGAUUGAACAACAUAGCUUCAAAUUCAAUGAUGAGCGGAUGCGGAAAGUCUGUGGAGUGGCCAAAGGCGUUUGCAUUGAUGCAGGGUUUCAAGCAAGGCGGUGCUCAAGCAGAUUUGGUGACCUUAGGAGCUGCGCUCAACUCUUUGGAACGAGCGGGGCGAUGGGCAAAGGCCUUGCAGCUGUUUCACGAUAUGCCGCCACAAUCUUUGCAGCCAAACGUUGUGAUUUUUGUUACUGCCCUGACCGCAUGUAGUAGCGCAGGGCAUUGGCAACGUGCGCUCGACAUUUUUGCCACAAUAGUGGCACAGAGGCUUGGAGCCAAUCUUGCAGCGCACAAUGCUGCAAUCACAGCAUGCGUAAGGGGUGAGCAGUGGCAACGGGCUUUGGUGGCAUUAGGGAAUGCAAUGAACUGCAACUUGAAGCUGAAUGCUAUAACCUGUAGCGCUGCCCUGAAAUCUUGCGAGAUCGGAUCAGCCUGGCAGUCGGCCCAGUUUUUGCUUGAGCGCAUGACUGAGGUCAAGACUGAGCCAAACUUGAUCAUGUGCAACGGUGCCAUCAGCGCACUGAGCAAAGGACAUCAGUGGCAACUUGCAUUGACAAUGAUGAAAGAGAUGGCAGCCAUGCCGUUGGAACGUGACAUAACGACCUUUACUUCAGCCGUGGGUGCAUGUGCGGAGGCAGAGUGGAAGAGAUCACUGUGCCUUGUUGAGGCAGCAGCUUUGCUGCACAUACGCUCGGAUGUUGUGAUUUACACAAUUGCGAUCAAGUCCUACAGUCUUGACAAAAACAAUAGACAGAACUGGCGCCUGGCUAUAGGAGUCUCUGAUCAGCUGGAGGAGGUCAGCAUAAAGAUUGACACUGCCUUUGCUGGAACUGUAAUUGGUGCAUGUGGGCAAGCUUCGAUGUGGAGGUUGGCAAUGCAAGCAAUGCAUGCAAUGCUCCAGGAACUGCCUGAACAGAAGUUCCGUUCAGGUCCGAGUUGCAGUGCCUUAUACACCAAUGUCAUUGCCAUGUGUGGACAGCAAGUACAAUGGCAAAGAGCACUUUUUUGGAUUCAACACAUGAGUGACCAGAACUUUGCUGCAAGCACUGUGCCAUACACAGCAGCUAUGGCUGCUUGUGCUGAUUCUGAUCAGUGGCAAGCUGCGCUGGUUUUAUUGUCGCAUUUGGAGGAAGAGAAGUGUCAGUUGGAUGCAGUGACUUACAGCCCCAUAAUUGCAUCUUGCCAUUGGCAGAUCUCGCUUGUUUUAGUGUCAGAGAUGGAGCAGAGGACUAUACAACGGAACCUGAUAACUCUAAAUUCUGCCAUUCACGCGUGUGGGAAGUCGAGCAGGUGGACAGAAGCCUUGCUGCUCUUUCAUGGCUUCGAAGGUCAAGGCAUUGAGCGAGACAUUGUCACCUUCAACUCUGCCAUGCUGGCGUGCUCUGCUGCAACACGCUGGGCGUCCGUUUUGAAUGUGUUGUCACAACUAAAUCACAGCCAAAUUAAAGGAAAUACUCUCACUUACACGAUUGCUGCAGGUUGUGGUUGGGCCGUCCCGUCGUCCCACAGAAUCUUGGCAGCUUUGGAGAGUGCCGGGAUUGAGAUUGUCAAAGAAGCCUUGGCUUGAGAUCAAGAGCAGCUGAAAGCUCUGAUCCUUCCAGUUGGCUGCUGCAUUCUUCAAACAUCUUCAAUCUGAGCCGGACAAAAAUUAAUGUGCUGCGUGGACAUGAAAGAAAUGAAGAUUGACUUGACAUCAGAACUUUCAGUGUUUGACGUAGACGUAGACAAUUUGUGGGCUUGCCCAGGUCUUCGGGAAGUAUGGCCCACUGGACAAGGUGCAC